UUGAAAUUACUAAGCCUGAGGACUUCUGUCUUGCCCUUGUUGAUUUUAUAUCACAUCUAGUCCAUAAUGCACCCGCUGCAAGCAUGGAUACUCAUGUUAAUAGUGAUGUAACCACUGAUGGAUCUGCCGAGCAGCAUCUGAUGAUUCUUCAGCAUCACUUGAUGGGAAAAGCUUGGAGAGGGAGGAUUUGGAACUAGUUAAAAAUCUUCAAUACGGUCUGCUAUCCCUUCAGCACUUGUUGACAAAGAAUCUGAAUUUAGCUUCAGUGGUCUCCACAAAGGAGAAGCUAUUCCCCUCUUUGAAUGCUUUUCUCUUCCUGUUUCUUCAUCAAGCAACAUUCCUCAGCUAUGUCUACUUGUUUUGUCACGGUUGACAACAUAUGCACCUUGUGUGGAAGCAAUGGUCGCAGAUAGCUCUGGUCUGCUUAUUUUAUUACAGUUGCUUCACUCAUCUCCCAGCUGCCGUGAAGGAGCUUUGCAUGUUCUCUAUGCCUUGGCAAGCACGCCGGAGCUAGCUUGGGCAGCUGCAAAGCAUGGAGGGUUGGUUUUCAUUCUUGAAGUUCUCUUGCCAAUACAAGAAGAGAUUCCGUUGCAGCAAAGAGCCGCAGCAGCUUCGCUACUAGGGAAGCUUGUUGGCCAGACUAUGCAUGGGCCUAGAGUGGCGAUAAGUCUGGCAAGAUUUCUGCCUGAUUUCCUUGUCUCGGUAAUCAGGGAUGGUCCUGGUGAAGCAGUUGUGAUUGCUCUUGAACAAACAACAAAACUCCUGAACUAGUCUGGACUCCAGCAAUGGCUGCAUCGUUGUCUGCACAAAUAGCAACUAUGGUUUCGGAUCUGUA